AUGGAUGUGCCUGUAGCCGCCAACGUUCUCGGUACUCUUGGUGCAGUAUGCUGGUCUAUUCAGCUUAUUCCCCAAAUUGUGGUUAAUUACCGCCGCCACAAUGCCACGGGGCUCCAGUCAUCGAUGAUGAUGUUGUGGGCUUGGGCGGGAGUUCCCCUCGGUGUAUACAAUAUCGUGGAAGAGUUCAACAUUGCGCUUCGUAUACAGCCCCAAAUUCUCACUUUUCUUAGCUUGGUAACCUGGAUCCAAUGCUACUACUACCAGAGGGGUUGGACGAUUUCGCGAUCAUUGCUUACCUUGGCGCCAAUUAUAGUCAUAAUGGGAGGCUGCCAAGCCUCUCUCAUUAUUGGACUUCGAAUUCUCAAGUCGCGAAGUGUACAUUGGCCAAUGACUCUGAUGGCUGUGCUUUCCGCGUGUUUGCUGGCUGCCGGUGUACUGAGCCACUACUGGGAUAUCUGGGUUCAUCGAACUGUCCGAGGUAUAUCAUUUCUCUUUGUGGGGAUCGACGCCGCUGGGGAUUUAUUCUCUUUGAUAUCGGUCUUUUUCCAGCCCAAGCUGGACGUUUUGGGAAUGGUUAUUUAUGGUACAGAGCUAGUUUUGUGGCUCGGAGUCUUCGCCUGUGGAGGAUACUACAACUUUCUUCCAUGGGCUCGGAAAAGGUGGCUCGCCAAGCGGGAUUCACCUGAGGCAUAUGAAAAUAGGGAACUUGAUCAUGUAGAUGCGGCAAACGGGAGCCUCUACUUGCAGGACUUGCCAUCAUCAACAUCGGUUUUCCGGACGGUGUCAGCAGCUUCUGAUGGCCUACGUUCCAGAGCCGUGGUAUCAGGAGGACAAAAUGGCGGAACUGGGGAGCCAGAUGCGAUGCAUGCAAAUCCGUGA